AUGGUCUCUAAUGUGCUGAUAUCUUUGCUGUGCCUGCUGCCCCAGGCGGUGCUGGCGCGGUGGGCAUGCGUUCGGGCCUGCCCUCCAUCCUGCUCUUGCACGCAGGAGAAGAGCUGCAGCGUGCUGUGCGACCGCUCUGGCCUGGCUGAGCUGCCUAAAGAGUUCCCCUGCGAGGCCUCGGCCAUCAACCUGGAGAAGAACAGACUCAAGUUUCUGGCAGAGAGGGCCUUCGGAACCCUGCCCUCCCUUAAGUACCUCUGUUUGGAUCACAACAACAUCUCCUUCAUCACGCCCGGAGCCUUCAAGGGCCUCGCCAACUUGGUGGACCUGAAAAUGGCGCACAACGAGUACAUCAGUUAUCUUCACACACGAACAUUCACAGGGCUGAAAAAGCUGGUGCGCCUGGACUUGUCAGACUGUAAUCUCUUCAACAUCCCUGACCGCAUUUUCAUUGAGCAAACGACACUGAAGGAGCUGCUCUGCUUCCAAAACAACUUCAGGAGGGUCCCCGGAGCCAUCAGAGGCAUGGAGAACCUGACUCACAUCUACCUGGAGAGGAACAGGAUAGAGGCGGUGGCCUACAAUUCCCUGCUGGGCCUGGGUAGUCUCAAGUACCUGAACCUCCAGGAGAACCGCAUCAACGUGAUCCAUGACCAGGCCUUCCAGGACCUUGUGCGGCUGGAGAACUUCUACCUCAAUGACAACCUGCUGUCUGAUCUGCCCCAGCUUGCCUUCAAGGGCCUCAUUCGCCUCAAGAUGCUCAACCUUGGAGGUAAUCAGUUGACCAACGUGUCCAAGACCUGGUUCAGCGACCAAGUAGAGUUGGAGGUCCUGUACCUGGACAGGAACCAGGUGCUAUACAUCGAGGAAGGCACUUUUGAAAACCUGACCAGCCUAAUCACACUCCACUUGAACAGCAACAACCUCACCACCCUUCCCUUCCCCGUCUUCCAGCCCAUCUACUUUCUUGGCCGCCUCUACCUGUUUAGAAACCCCUGGGUGUGCGACUGCUUCCUGGAGUGGCUGAAGGAGUGGAUGGAAAACUACAAGCUGGUGCGGGACAUCCCCUGUGCCUCACCUUCCUCUGUGGCAGGGCUGGAUCUCAGUGAGGUGGUCUUUGCCAAGGUGAAUGGCACGUGCGUGGACCCCGCAGAGCUAAAUCUGACCACGGCCUCGUCCGAGAUCGUGUCCACCACGGAGAACCGCUUCAACAGCCUCAUCUCCAAGCUGCUCCAGCAGGAGCUCAGGGAGGAGAUGGGGAACAGCACAGAGAGCCUCCGCAAUGGGACCCUUCUGGACCCCGAGGAUGGGCAGCUCUCUGCAGGGGUCAGGCACCAGGUGCAGGCAAGCCAAUCGCUCCUCUGCUUCCUUGUAGUGUGGCUCAUCUUUGGUUUGAUUGGCCAUUCAGAUAUACAUUUCUGUCUUUCCUGCACUGUCUUUUUCUGGGGUUUGUAUCCAGACGGAAACAUCAAGGGGUAG